CUCCGCCCUCUCCCCGUUGCCCGCGUCCCUGUGCUCUCUCAGAUCUAGGGUUUGCCCGGCCUUCGUCCUUCUUGGGCCGAGCCCUCCCCGCACCGCGCCGACCCGAGUUGGACCACCGCUCCUCUCCGCCUCCUCCGCCGGCCCGCCUCCUUCUCCUCCUCCGCCGGCCCGUCUCCUUCCCUCCCGCCGGCCCACCGCCGCCUCCUCCGUAAGCCGACGCGCUCGAAGCCGCCGCCGGCUUCGUCUAGUCGAACCAGCGCCACGCCGUCCCCUUCGACUUCUCCAACCAGCAAGGCUUGUGGGUGCCAUCAGAUAAUCUUUCUCAGGAUGGGUGAGCCAAACGGCAAUGACAAUACAAUGGUUCAUGACAGUGAGAUGGUUGUCGGUAAUGAGAUGAUACAUGGCAAUGAAAUUGUUCACGGUAGUGAGAUGAUCCAUGGUGAUGAGAUGGUUGAAGGGAGUGAGAUGGUCCAUGGGAAUGGGAUGGUCCAUGAUGAUGAAAUGAUGGAUGGUAAUGAGAUGGUCCACGGUAAUGAUAUGAUUCAAGUUCAUGACUUGAUCAAUGGUCAUGAGAUGGUUCAAGUUAACGACAUGGUUAAUGGUGAUGAGAUGUCCCAUGGUAAUGAGUUGGUCAGUGCUGAGGUGACCCCACCAGCCUUAUCAAGACGCCGGAGAAAGAAGUCACUAGUAUGGGAGCACUUCACUAUUGAACCUGUGCCUGGGGAUAUUGGAUGCCAACGAGCAUGCUGCAAUUUAUGCAAGUCAACAUUUGCGUACAGUUCUGGGACAAAAAUUGCAGGUACUAGCCAUCUCAAGAGGCACAUAACGCUUGGCUCGUGUCCUAUGAUAAAGAACCAAGAUAGGAAACUGUUACUGCCUUCAGCUGGAGGAGUGACUGACAAUGAUGGUGAGGGUACUGUAGAACGGCCUUCUAAGAGACGCUACAGAUAUACUGGCUUUGCAAAUGCUACAUUUGAUCAAGACCGUAGCAGCUCAUAUCUGGCGAAGCUCAUCAUUUUGCAUGACUACCCACUUCAUAUUGUUCAGCAGCCAGCCUUUACUGCCUUUACAGAGAGCCUGCAGCCGCGUUUCAGGGUUGCGGGUGUUGAUACAAUGGAGCAAGAGGUGUAUGCUGUUUAUCAGAAAGAGAGACACAACUUACUGCAAGCAUUGAGCACUAUGCCUGGAAGGAUCAGCCUCGCCAUAGGAUUGUGGACAACUAGUCAGACUCUUGGUUAUGUUUCCCUUGCAGGACAGUUUAUUGACACAGAGUGGAAAGUGCAUCGAAGAAUGCUUAACUUCAGGAUGGUGUCUUCUCCUCAUUCAGAAAAUGCACUUAGUGAAGCUAUUAGCUCGUGCCUUACGGAUUGGAAUAUGAAGGACAAACUAUUCACCAUCACAUUGGAUAAUGAUUGCUCAUCGCAUGAUAUUUACAGUGCGAAUCUGAGAGAUUAUCUCUCCAAUAAGAACAACCUCAUGCUUAAGGGCCAGCUUUUUGUUGUGAGGUGCUAUGCCAAUAUCCUGAAUGCAGUUGCACAUGAUGUCAUUGCUUCAAUUCAUGGUGUUAUCUAUAAUAUCCGUGAAAGCAUAAAGUUCAUAAAAGCUUCUAAUGACCGUGAAGAGAGGUUUGCUGAGAUUGCUCUGCAGCUGGAGAUUCCCGGCACAAAGACCCUGUGCCUUGAUGUUACAACACAGUGGAAUACCACUUACCUUAUGCUCCUUGCUGCCUUGGAUUAUAGGCAGGCAUUCACCACACUGGAGACAUCUGAUGAUAACUACAAUGAGUCCCCUUCUGCGGAGGACUGGAAGAAGGUGGAUGCUGCCUGCAAUUAUUUGAAGUUUCUCUAUGAUUCUGCACUUAGCAUCAUGGCAGCUGCAAAUCCAACUUCUAACUUAUUCUUCCACGAGGCGUGGAAACUUCAGCUAGAACUUUCAAAUGCCAUAGCUCAUGAAGAUCCUGUUUUCAGUAGCAUCGCCAAAGAAAUGCAUGAGAGGUUUGACAAGUACUGGAAGGAUUGCAACCUUGUUCUGGCCAUUGCAGUUGUCAUGGACCCUCGUUUCAAGAUGAAACUUGUUGAGUUCAGUUACUCCAAAAUUUAUGGCAUGGAGGCAGCGAAGUAUGUUAAGGUCGUGGAUGAUGCUAUUCAUGAGCUUUACAAGGAGUAUGUUGCACAGCCCCUCCCCUUGACGCCAGCCUAUGUUGAGCAGGGGGAAGCUAAUAAAAAUGUGCAUGCCAGUCAGAAUAAUAAUACAGUAACCCCACCUUCUACUGGGGAUGGACUUCUAGACUUUGACAUAUACCUUUCAGAGAUAGCAGUAAGCCAGCCCUCAAAAUCUGAGCUGGAGCAGUACUUGGAAGAAGCCCUGACACCUCGCAUCCAAGACUUUGAAAUUGUGGACUGGUGGAAGCUUAACACGCUUAAGUUUCCAACAUUGUCGAAGAUGGCCCGUGAUAUCUUGGCCAUCCCUAUGUCCAUGGUGAGUAGGGGCAGCUCCAUAUUUUCAGCAGCAACAACCGGAAGUCGGAUGCUUGAUGACUAUAGAAGCUCACUGCGUCCUGAAACUGUGGAGGCACUGUUCUGUACAAAAGAUUGGCUCCAGUAUUCGCCGCCUCCUCCAGAAGCCUCCGGCUCUGCAGCGGUGAAGAUGGAGUAAUGGUUCUUUUAGUACUACUGCCUCCUGAAAAAGGUUUUUUUUUUCUGGUGUUCAGCUUAGUUGCGCUAGCGCUCUUGCUCGAUUAUUUGCCUUAGAUGUGCUCUAAUUAUUCAUGCUUAUCUGAUUGUGAGUUUGUGACACACUAAGCUAGGUGGGGUUCUUGCCAGUGAUUCACUGGUAUAUGUUGUUACUAUGUACAACCGCCUGACCAUCGUCGGUGGCUUGUUUUCAUGCAUUGCAUUUCCAUUGUGCAUCCAACCUGACGGCUGCUUUAAAAUAGAUUUUGGUCUCUAGCAGAUUCUGUAUUGUAUGGAAUUAAUAGGUCUAUCUUCCAA